AUGGCGGGCUCAGCGAAGAAGGCGACUAAGAAGUUCGGUAAAAACCGUCUCAAGGAUACAAUUGACCGCCGGAGAGAAUUUGCGAAAGUGAAACAGAGACACCAGGUCAAGGAAAAGAGAAAAGCGAAGAAUGCCGCAACACAAGCUGCUGAAGACGACAGGGCAAGGGAAAAAACAGCAAAGGCUACAGGCCAAGAUGCGUUUGCGACAAUGGGCGUUGAUGAUUUUUUCUCUGGAGGUUUCAGCCUCCCAAAAUCGAGCACGGCGAAGCGACAGCAUAAAAGAGACAUUCCCUCACAGACCGGAAAACGUAAACGGGGUGAGCAGGAUGGCGACGACUUGAAUACUUUGGAGAGUGAUGGCUCAGGUGAUGGUGAAUCAGAGAGCGAAACAGAGGACUUGAAUGCGCACCAGGAUGAACUCGAGGCACUCAAGGAGAAAGACCCUGAAUUUUACAAGUAUCUGAAGGAAAACGACGCUGAACUUCUUGACUUUGGCGACCAUGGCGACCUUGCUGAAGUAGAUGGUCUAAGCGACAAUGAGGAGGAAGAUUCAGCACCACGCAAGAAGAAGAAAACAGAGAAAUCUCGGGAUACUUCGGACAACUACCUACAGCUUUCUACGGUUCAACAAUGGCAGAAAUCUAUGUCCGAAACACACUCACUGAGGGCAACCCGACAGGUUGUUCUUGCGUUUAGACGGGCUGCUUAUGUUGACGAGGACGAUAACGAAGAUCAUAAAUAUAACAUCUCUGAUCCUAACGUCUAUCAUGAGGUACUUGUUACGGCCCUUGAGCAGGUCCCCAAAGUUUUAAAUCACCACAUCCCUAUAAAAGAAACACCGAAUGGCAAAGUAAGGUUGUCUAUCGAUUCAAAAAAGUUCAAAACCUUGACGCCCCUUAUCAAAUCCCACACCUCCUCAAUUCACCAACUCUUGUCAAGUUUAUCCGAUGCCGCUGCAUUAAGGUUGACAUUAUCCUCAAUUACUCCGAUGUUGCCCUAUCUUUUGCAAUUUCGAAAACUGUUGAAAGUGGUCAUCAAAACUGUAGUUGGGCAUUGGUCGGAAUCUUCUAAUUCUGAAGCCACGAGAAUUUCUGCCUACCUAGUUCUUCGUCGACUCAUGCGUAUCGGAGACGCCGGCAUUCGCGAAGCUGUUCUGAAAACAACAUAUGAAGGCAUUGUAAAGGGUAGUAGAAACACUACAGCCCAUACACUUGCUGGAAUCAACUUGAUGAAAAACUCUGCAGCGGAGCUGUGGGGUAUGGAUCAAGAUAUAGCUUAUACUACUGGAUUCACUUCUAUUCGCCAGUUAGCCAUACAUCUGCGAGGCAGCAUUGUUAACCCCACCAAAGAUUCCUAUAAAAUAGUGUACAAUUGGCAAUACGUGCAUUCAUUAGACUUCUGGUCUCGCGUCCUAUCUAUGCAUUGUGACUGCAUAGUAGAAGCCAAGGCAGGGGGACAGUCAGCACUGCGGCCCCUUAUCUAUCCUGUUGUCCAGAUUACCUUGGGAGCCAUGCGCUUGAUACCCACUGCGCAGUACUUUCCACUUCGCUUCCAGUUAAUACGUUCCCUCCUUCGAGUAUCUCUGGCAACGAACACCUAUAUUCCUUUGGCUUCCGCUUUGCUGGAGGUAUUAAAUUCUGCAGAAAUGAAAAAACCACCCAAACCAAGUACACUGAAACCACUUGAUUUCUUGACUUGCAUCCGUGCCCCGAAAACAUAUCUACGAACACGUGUCUAUCAAGACGGAGUUGCGCAAGAAGUUUUGGAAUUAUUCUCAGAAUUCUUCGUUCUCUGGACCAAAAGCAUUGCAUUCCCAGAGCUUUCGCUACCCGUGGUAGUUAUGCUCAAACGAUGGCUAAAAGAGGUUUCUUCCCGCUCGUUUGGAAAUAAGAACGUCAAGAUCAAUCAAAUGUUUGUUCUCUUUGUCCAAAAGAUUGAAUCUAAUAGUCGCUGGGUCGAAGAACGAAGAUCAACAGUUACUUUCUCGCCAAAAGAUAGAGCAGAGGUUGAGGGGUUUUUGAAAGACGUGGAAUGGGAGUCAACGCCAUUAGGUGCCUUUGUUAAAACUCAAAGAGCUCAAAAAUCAGAACGGGCAAGGAUUCUUGAGAAGAGCCGUGAUGACGAACGGCGAAGAGUUGCGGAGGACAGGAAUGACGAAGUUGAGCAAGCUGCGGUGGACGACGACAGUGAGGAUGACUCGAGUGAGGCUACCUCAUAG